AGGGAGACCCUGUCAAAAGAUUUCAAAUCUCAAAAGCCUUCCCCACCCUCUCAACGGCUCUCUGCAACCACUUUCUUAUUUUCCUCCGUUUUCUGUCCAUCAACGGAAACUGAAACCAUCCAAAUUUGCUAUGAGUCCAGUCCCUCAUUGAUGGUGGAUCCCUAAACUCGCUACCAGGUAUUGUUGCCAACCCACAUUGAGAAGCACAAAAGAUGGAGAGAGUGUGUGAAGAGCUAGAUGAAGCUAAGGCUGAGAUUGAGAAGCUGAAGGUAGAAUAUCGGAACAAAGCUGAAUCAUCUGAGAACUUUAAGAAGGCGUACAAUGAGCAACUCACUAAACUCAAAGAAUUAAGUUCAAAAUUCAAUCAGCAAACGCAAGAACUAAAUGAGAAGUCAGAGGAAGCCUCCACGGCAAAACAAAUGUACGAGGAGCUCAAAUGUUGUUUGAAUGAAAAGGAGUCCAUUAUCAAGCAUCUGAAGGCUGCAAAUGAUAAGCUUCGAGUUGAUUGCGAUGAGAAGUUCCGGAAAUGGGAAGAGGAAAACAGGAAGCAGGUUUUGGCUUUAGAUGAGGCAAAUGAGAAGAACAUGGAUCAAGAGCAAAAGAUUCAUUUUUUCAAGGAAGAGAUUGAAGGCCUUAAAAGACUUUUAUCAGUUUCAAAGAAGAAGUGUUUGGAAGCAGAGAAAAAUGCCAAAGCAUCUGAAGAACUGAGACAGAGGGAUGAUAUGUUAGUCAAAUCAGAGGAGCAAUACAGGAGGGUUGAAGAUCAGCUCAAAUGGAAGAAGGAGCAGUUCAACCAUCUUGAGGAAGCUCACGAAAAGCUUCGAAACCAAUUCUGGACAAGUAAGAAAGAGUGGGAACAGGAGAUAUCUACAUUGCUGGACAAGAUUUGUGCCCUGCAGUCAAAAUUGGAUUCUCAAACCCGAAUCUCUGAAGGCCUUCAAAGACAGUUACAGAUGUGCAACCAAGCUCUAGCUCAGGAAGAAAGACAGAGGAAGUAUCUGGAAAUUCAACUUUCUGAAUCUAAAACUUGCUUUGAGAAUGUGUUUUCUGAGUGCCAGGAUGCAAAAUCAAAGAUCGAACACUUGAGCAUUCAAAGAGAUAAAGAAAUUGCAGCUCUGAGAAAUUCACUAAGCACAAAAGAGACAAUCUACAAAGAAGCAGAUUUCAGAGCAAGGAAACUAGAGCAAGAGAAUCAGGACUUGCUGAUAUCACUCAAAGAACUCCAGGAAGAACGGAUCCAUGGAGCAGGAGCUUCUUCAUCUCUGGCAAAGUUGCGCAACAAGCUCAAAAGUUUGGAGCACAUGCACCGAGACUGUUUGGAAAAUCUCAGAGCCAAAGAAGCUCAAUGGAGCUCCCAACGGGAAAAAUUGACUAGUGACUUGAAUGACUUCAUGUUGAAACUAGAGAGUAAAGAUGCAAAUAUAAAGGAGCUUGGCUUGGAGUUGGAAGGUUGCUAUUCUUCAAUAAUGCAGUUGAAGUCACAGAAUGAGGAGCUGAAACUGAGAGCAACAAAAUUGGAGAAAGAUAAUCAAGAGUUGCAAACGUCACUUGAAGAAUUACAGGAACAGCAGAUUCAUGAAUCGGGAGCGUCUUCUCUAGAAGGGCUUCAAAACAAGGUUGAAAGUUUGGAGCACAUGCACAGAGAUUGUUCUUCAAAUCUCAGAGCCAAAGAAGCUGAAUGGAGCUCUCAACGGGAAAAAUUGACUAGUGACUUGAAUGACUUCAUGUUGAAACUAGAGAGUAAAGAUGCAAAUAUAAAGGAGCUUGGCUUGGAGUUGGAAGGUUGCUAUUCUUCAAUAAUGCAGUUGAAGUCACAGAAUGAGGAGCUGAAACUGAGAGCAACAAAAUUGGAGAAAGAUAAUCAAGAGUUGCAAACGUCACUUGAAGAAUUACAGGAACAGCAGAUUCAUGAAUCGGGAGCGUCUUCUCUAGAAGGGCUUCAAAACAAGGUUGAAAGUUUGGAGCACAUGCACAGAGAUUGUUCUUCAAAUCUCAGAGCCAAAGAAGCUGAAUGGAGCUCUCAACUGGAAAAAUUGACAGGGGACUUGAGUGACUAUAGGUCAAAAGUGGAGAGUAAAGAUGCAGUUAUAAAGGAGCUCAGCAUGGAAUUGGAAGGUUGCUAUUCUUCACUUGUGCAGUUGAAGUUGCAGAGUGAGGAGGCUUCUUUGAUGGUAUUGGUGUUGAAAUUGGGGCUUUCAGAGGCUCAAUUAAAGCUUGCUAGCGAAAAGGAUGAAAUGGCCCUGCAAAACAAAGAGAGGGAAGAGAAUAUCUCUCAUCUCAUGAACAAGUUGGAGAUGAAGAGUGCUGCCCUGGUUAAAGCACAGGCUGAUAUAGAAGAAGAACGUGAGAAGGUGGCGGCACUAUUGAGGAGGGUUGAGUUGCUGGAACUCAUCGAACAGCAGCAAGUACUCAUGCAGAAAGAGCUUGAGAGGCAUAAAGAAAUGCUCGAGGAAUCGUCCAAAUAUCAACUUCACCUAAAAGAGCAAGCUUUGCAGAUGGAAAGCAACUUAAAAGCAAGACUAGAAGAAGCUUGUGAUGACUUGGACAGAGCAAAUUCUGAACUGGUUAAAGCCCAGGCAGAUUCUGAAAAAGAACGUGAGAAGGUGGCAUCACUGUUGAGGAGGGUUGAGUCCUUGGAUCUUGUCGAACAGCAGCAAUUACUAAUGCAGAAAGAGCUUGAGAGGCUUAAAGAAAUGCUUGAAGAAUCAUCCAAAUAUCAACUUCACCUCAAAGAGCAAUCAUUGCAGAUGGAAAGUAAUUUAAAGGCAAGACUAAGAGAAGCUUGUGAUGCCUUGGACAGAGCAAAUUCUGAACUGUCUGAGAAAAUAUGUGAAGGAAGUGAAACUGAAUUUGAAUUGCAGAUAUGGAAAUCGAUUGCUGACCAUUUGAAAGCUGAACUUCAAGAGAAUCUGGAAAUGCGUAAAUCAAUAGAAGCUUCUCUUCUUGCACAGAUCGAGGUUGAGGAAGCCCUCAAGCAAGAGAGAGAUGCCCUUAUUAUUGCAUUAGAAGAGAAAGACAGAAUGAUAGAUGAUUUUCAGCGACAGAUCAGGUCACUGGAUCAAGAAAUGAAGGCAAGAGAAAUUGAAACUGCCAGUUUUGCAAGAACAGAGGCAGUGAUGGCCUUUGAGUCGGAAAAAGAGAUCUUUCUUCAAACCACAAAAGAGAAGGACAGGAUCCUAGAGAAACUCCAGGAAGAGAUUGAGAGGCUGGAGCAUGAGUCCCUGCGAAGAGAACUAGAAGGUUCCAUGCUGGCCCAAAUAGUCACAGAGAGAACCUUUGAGCUUGAGAAGAGUAAUCUUAUCCAGCUGAUGGAGGAGAAAGAAGAGAGAGUGGAGGAUCUUCAGAAGCUUGUGAGGUCAUUGGAGCAAAAUUUGAAUAGCUUGAUGAUUUCUUUUUCUUCACAACUUGUGCAGAAGCAAGCAGAGAUUAAUUUGGUCCAUGAAGCAUGGGAGAAGAUUGCCACAGCUGAGAUUCUUGCCCAGCUAGAAAUUGAAGAGAAAAAGGUGAUGAUCAUGGAGCUGGAGGAUGACAUUCAUAGCAUACAGCAAAAACUGGAAUUCCAGGAAAAGUCAUUGUCUCAUUCAAAACAGCAAGCAUUGGAGAUUGAAGCUGAACUGGAUGCAAAACAAUUAGAAGUGAAGAAGUUGACUACUGAAAUGGAGACAAAUUGGAGUAAUUCAGAGGGCCUGGUCAAUGAGCUUGAGAGCAAAAAUAAAAAUUUAGUUGAAGAACUUGCAAAGCUGUCAUCAGAAAGGGAAAACCUGUUGGGCUUUAUUGGAGACAUGUGCGAUGGGAUCAACAAAUUCUCCUGUGAAGACAUGCAGCUCACAAGAAGCUUAGAAAGAAUAAUGCAUACUUUUGAUACCUACAGUCCAGGUAAUGAAUUGAAGAGGAGGGAUGAUGACAAAGAAAACUUUAGCACUCAUCUGUCUCCCACGCUGAAGAAGUUUGAAGCCAUUCCUGAUGAAAGAUCACCAUUUAGAGAGGUCAACAAUUAGUUGCAGAAUAUUGCCAUGACAUGUAAAGAAUGGUUAAUUUGUGGCUGUAUCUUUGUAUAUGACCUAUUCAUUCAUGCAUGUAUGAUCAUUUUCCUUAUUAUUCCUGCUAAUCACGAUUGACAACAAAUUCAGAUUUGGUCUUUUAGUUUGUAAUGGGCUACCUUUCUACUUUGCGAGUAUGUAUUGAUUUGCAUUGGGAAUAUUGCUGCAAAAA